CUGUGUAUUUUUCACAAAUAUUUAAUGUUACGACAACGAAUGAACCAACAUUGCAUAAUAAAAUUGUAGAAAAAUCAAAUUACAAAAACUGCAAAGUUAGAGUGUUUAAAUUUAAUAUUAAACCUAAAUAAUAUCUUACUUGNACCAAAUAGUCUUGGAUAUAAGUUGUAUGGCUCUGCUAACUUAGAAAAUAACAUAUAAGAACACUUUUGAUGACAUUUCGUUGGCAAAUUGCAUCCGAAGAUAAACNCUGGAAAACAAGGGGUCCAUUNGCUAUCAUUAAUUAGCCUGUUUCCUUCUUCAGCCUUUGUUUUUAAGUUCAUUGUGUGUGUCUUUCUCUUUCUCAGUAGACUCCAAUGAGAAUUUCCCAAUGUCCUUUCGUUUUCAUCAUAUUAUGCUACUCCUUCUGGAUANANCACACUGUUUAUUUCACCGGGGUUUCUNGUCAGAUUGUUGAAGAUCAACNACAGUCAUUGCUAAAAUUGAAGAACAGCCUAAUAUUCGAGCAAGAAAAAUCUCACAAACUUGUGUUCUGGAAUUCAAGCACGGAUUGCUGUAAGUGGACAGGUGUAACCUGUGAUGAGGAGGGACAUGUUAUUGGCCUUGACCUGAAUGGAGAAUCAAUCAAUGGUGGAUUUGACAAUUCAAGUACUCUUUUCAAUCUGCAAAGUCUCAGGAUACUGAAUUUGUCCGUUAAUAACUUCAGUUCUCAGAUACCAUCUGGAUUCAACAGGUUGAAGAACUUAACAUAUCUGAAUUUGUCUCAUGCUGGUUUUGUGGGGCAUGUUCCAACAGAGAUUUCUUCCCUGACAAGGUUGGUAACUCUUGAUAUCUCUUCUCUUUCCUAUUUGAUUGGGCGACCGCUGAAACUUGAAAAAACAGAUCUGCAAAUGCUUGUCAAAAACUUCACCAUGAUUAGACAAUUGUAUAUGGAUGGUGUAAGUGUAUCAGCUGAGGGAAAUGAGUGGAGCAGUGCUUUGUUGCAGCUACAUAGCCUCCAGGAGCUGAGCAUGUCCAACUGCAAUCUCUCCGGACCCCUUGAUCAUUCCCUGACCGGACUUCAAAACCUAUCAAUCAUUCGACUUGAUCAAAACAAUUUAUCAUCCCCGGUGCCAGAAACCUUUGCUGGUUUUCCAAAUUUAACAACCCUUCACCUUAGUUCCUGUGAAUUGACAGGAAUGUUUCCUGAUAAGAUCUUUCAGUUAGCAACAUUGUCUGACAUAGACUUGUCAUUCAACUAUGAGCUUAAUGGAUCUUUGCCUGAAUUGCCUCCGAAUGGUUCCCUUCAGAAAUUAAUUGUGAGUCACACAAGGUUCUCAGGAGCAUUGCCAGCUUCUAUAGGUAAUCUUAAGCAGUUAUCCAUCUUAGAUCUUUCUAAUUGCCAUUUUAACGGAACACUACCCAGUUCAAUGUCAGGACUCAAGAAUCUCACUUCUCUGCUCUUGUCGUUAAAUAACUUCACUGGUCAAAUUCCGUCCCUGAAUAUGACCAGGAAUCUCACGCAUUUAGACUUAUCACACAAUAAAUUCACAGGUUCAAUCACUUAUGUUCACUUGGAAGGCCUAAGAGAGCUGGUCCAAAUUGAUUUACAGGACAACUUACUUGACGGAAACAUCCCUUCUUCUCUUUUUGCACUUCCAUUGGUACAAAGCAUUCAACUUUCCAACAACCAUUUCCAUGGCCAGCUUGAUGAAUUUUCAAAUAUCUCAUCCUCCGUCUUAAAGAUCCUUGAUUUAAGUAGUAAUGAUCUAGAAGGGCCCAUUCCUCUAUCUAUUUUUAAUCUCAGAUCACUGAAUGUCCUCAAACUAUCUUUAAACAAGUUACAUGACACAUUGAAGCUAGACGUGUUUCAGGGACUUGAAAAUCUAACUACACUGGCCCUUUCACACAACAACUUGUCAGUGGAGACAAAUGAGACGGAUAAAGGCCUUAUAUCUUCAUUCCACAAUAUGAGCAGCAUAGAGUUGGCUUCCUGCAAUCUGACACAGUUCCCCAGUUUCUUGAGAAACCAUUCCAGAAUAACCACUUUAGACCUCUCAAGUAACCAUAUUCAAGGAUCGAUACCAAUAUGGAUAUGGCAACUUGACUCUCUUGCUCAAUUAAAUCUUUCUCACAAUUUGCUCAGCAGUUUAGAAGGAUCUGUGCAGAACACUGGUUCCAAUCUGAGCCUCCUUGACCUUCAUGCUAACCGGCUCCAAGGGAAGCUUCAAAUAUUUCCAGUGCAUGCCACUUAUUUGGACUAUUCAAGCAAUAAUUUCAGUUUCGAUAUUCCGUCAGAUGUUUCUACUCGUCUGUCUGCCAUAAUUUUUCUGUCUCUGUCCAAAAAUAAUUUAUCUGGGAGUAUUCCUCAAUUCCUGUGCAAUAGUUCACAGCUGAUAGUUCUGGAUGUUUCUUAUAAUAACUUCGAAUGGAGAAUUCCUGAAUGCUUAACAAAGAGUGUGACAAUUAAGGUAUUAAAUCUGCAACACAACAAGUUUAGUGGCAGCAUUCCAGAUAAAUUUCAAGUAUCUUGUGCUCUAAGGACUCUGGAUCUCAAUAGUAAUCUGUUGAACGGGCCAAUUCCGAAAUCCCUAGAAAAUUGCUCAUCAUUAGAGGUGUUGGAUCUUGGAAACAAUGAGGUAGAUGAUGGAUUUCCAUACUUCUUAAAUUCAAUAUCCACAUUUCGUGUCCUGGUUUUGAGGAGAAACAAAUUUCAUGGUAACAUUGAAUGUCCUGAUACUAACAGAACUUGGCCAAUGCUUCAAAUUUUUGAUGUGGCUUUGAACAGAUUUAGUGGUUUACUUCCAGGAACAUGUUUCAAAACAUGGAAGGCAAUGAAGCUUGACGAAUAUCAUGAUGCAUCAAAGUUCACUCACAUAGGAUCUGCGGUCCUUACAUUUGGUGGUAUAUAUUAUCAGGAUUCUGUGACACUUACAAUCAAAGGUUUGGAGUUGGAGUUUGUUAAAGUCCUAAAUCUUAUCACAUCUGUUGACUGCUCAUCCAACAAUUUUAAUGGAACAAUACCUGAAGAGCUUAUGGAUUUUACUGGACUUUAUGCUCUCAACUUGUCUCAUAAUGGUUUAACAGGCCAAAUCCCUUCAUCUAUAGGGAAUUUAACACAGCUUGAGUCGUUGGACCUGUCAAGCAACAAUCUUGGUGGUGAAAUUCCCACACAUCUUGAACUUUUAAAUUUCCUCUCAGUCUUGAACCUCUCCUCUAAUCGUCUGGUUGGAAAAAUCCCUGUAGGUAGGCAACUUCAAACAUUUGAUGCAUCUUCCUAUGCUGGUAAUGCAGAUUUAUGUGGAAUUCCUUCUUUGAAACCGUGCCAUGAUCGGCGCAAUUCAAAAUCUGGAGUAUAUACAGAUUCUGGUGUUAAAUUUGACUGGAUAUUCGUAUCAAUUGGAUUGGGCUUUGGGGUUGGAGCAGGAAUGGUCGUGGCUCCAUCAUUAUUUAUGGAGAGACUGAAAAAAUGGAGCAACCACAAAAUCGAUAAAGCUCUCAUCAUCAUUCUUCCAGUGUUUGGUUUGACUUGGAUACCCAUUGAUGAUGAUGACGAUGAUGAUACAGAGGAAGAUACUAAGGAAAACCACCCAGAUAUUAAAGAGGAUUAUGAUUACAAUGAGAUGCAUAAUAACCUGGUCCAUCAAAGGUUUCGAGGGCGGUACUGUGCCUUAUGCUCCAAGCUUCAUAUCAGUAACAAGAAGGUAAUCCAUGAUCCCAGGUGUACAUGUUUCCCAUCACCUCCCAUUUCAACAUCAACUUACCCAGAUUCAUAUUCUUCUCAUUCACAUUCAGGAUGAAAAUAUGCACAUCUGUUUCUUUUGUUUUCCCUUUAUUAUUUGUUCAGAUUACAUACAUGUACGUACCUCUCUGAUUGUUCCCUUCAUUCUUUGUUCUAUUUUGUAUGCACCUGCACAUUAAACCCAA